AUGAGUGAAAUAGAAUUAGGUAUUACUGCUGAUAUGCAUGUUCAUCUUCGUGAUGGACCAAUGUGUGAGUUGAUUACCCCAACUGUUAGACAAGGUGGUAUUGCCAUUUCAUAUGUCAUGCCAAACUUGGUUCCACCAAUUACUACUAAACAACAAGUUGUUGAUUAUCAUGCCAAACUUUCUAAAUUAUCACCAAAAACAACUUUCUUAAUGUCCUUUUAUCUUAGUAAAGAUUUAACUCCUGAAUUAAUUGAAGAAUGUUCUGAUUUAAUCCAUGGUAUUAAAUGUUAUCCAGCUGGUGUCACCACUAAUUCCAAAUAUGGUGUUGAUCCAAAUGAUUUUACUUCAUUUUAUCCAUUAUUUGAAGUUAUGCAAAAGAUAGGAAUUGUUUUAAAUCUUCAUGGUGAAAAACCAUCAACUGAUGAAAAUGAUGAAGAAAUCAACGUUAUUACAGCAGAACCAAAAUUCUUACCUGCUUUGAAAAAAUUACAUGCUGAUUUCCCACGUUUGAAAUUCAUUUUGGAACAUUGUACUACUAGUGAUGCUAUUGCCACUAUUCGUGAAAUUAAUCAAAAUUAUAAACCAGGUGAUGAUAUUUCUGUUGGUGCUACUAUUACUGCUCAUCAUUUAUAUUUAAUUAUUGAUAAUUGGGCAGGUAAUCCAAUUAAUUUCUGUAAACCAGUUGCUAAAUUUCAAAAGGAUAGAAAAGCAUUAGUUGAAGCAGCUACAAGUGGAGAACCAUGGUUUUUCUUUGGAUCUGAUAGUGCACCACAUCCAAUUCAUGCUAAAAAAACUCAUGUUGGUGUAUGUGCUGGUGUUUAUACUCAAAGUCAUGCAAUUGCUUAUGUUGCAGAAAUUUUUGAUAAAGCUGGUAAAUUAGAAAAUUUAAAGAAAUUUGUUAGUGAUAAUGGUAUCAACUUUUAUGGUUUAACAGAUGAAAUUUUAAAUAAACACAAAAAUGAAUCUGUGUGGUUAGUUGAAAGAGAAAACAAGGUUCCUGAAGCUAUUGCCAAUGGAGAACUUGAAGUUGUUCCAUUUAAAGCUGGUGAAACUUUGAAAUAUACCGUUGAAUGGAGAUGA